GCCUCAGUUCCGGGCUACGCACACGCGCUGCGGGGCCGGGUGCGGGUCUGGGGAGAUGCAGCCACCUCCGCGCAAGGGGAAGCUGAGCCAGGUGGUGAAGCUCCAUUUUGCCGAGCAGCUGUGUGGGCUACAGAGCAAGCAGCAGCGGGAUGCCGAGCUGCUGGAGGACAUCAGGUCCUACAGCAAGCAGAGGGCUGCGAUUGAGCGGGAGUACGGGCAGGCACUGCAGAGGCUGGCAAGCCAGUUUGUGAAGAGAGACUGGCAGCGGGGCCGCAGCGAUGCUGGAGACUCGAGGAGUGUCUUUGCUGUCUGGAAGGGCAUUAUUGAGGGGACGGCAUACACAGGGCAGGCACGUAUCAGUGCCUCUGAAAGCUACCGCAGCCUUGCUGCUGAGGCCAUCAAGAGCUCCCGGCUGUCCAAGGAGAGGAUGCUCAAGAAGAGCAUGGAGCAGCUGCAGAAGGCGCAGGCAGAGCUGCUGGAAACGGUGAAGGAGCUAGAUAAAGCAAAGAAGCAGUUCAGCCACCUGCAGCGCAGCAGCGAGGUGGCCAAGGAUAAGGCUGCCGACGUGGAGGCACGACUCCGUAAGAGUGACCGGAGGAUUUUCCACACCAAGGCCAGCCUGCAGAAACUCAGUGCCAAGUUCUCCAUGCAGAUGGCGGAGUACUCAAAGCAGCGGGCAGGGGUGCAGAAUGAGUACGUGCUGACAUUGGUGUCUGCCAAUGCCCACCUGGAGCACUACUACCACGUGGAGCUGCCUGCCAUCAUGCAGGCUCUGGAUGGGGACCUGUACGAGCGGCUACGUGACCACCUGAGCACGGCUGGCCGGGCAGAGGUGGAGAGCUGUGAGAUCACACAGGAUUGGUUCCAGCGCAUCUCAGAGGCGGCUGCACGGGUGUGCCGGGAGCAGGACCUCCUCCUCUUCCUGCAGGACCACACCGCCUUCAUGCUGGUGCCUGAGCAGCGCUUCCAGCUUGAUGGCAUCCAGGAGGUGUCCCUGCUGCAGCCGGAGGAUGGCGGAGCCAGCCUGGAGAAGGAGGCACGGCGCUGGGCCAUGCGUGCAACACGAGACAGCAAGAACAAGGCACAUGGCGAGGAGGUGCUGCAGAGGCUUGAGGCCAGGAGGCACCAGGUCCCCGAGGCAGAGGUGGCCGCUGUGGAGCGGCAGAUGGAGGAAGUGCGAGAAAACAUCUGGAAGGCAGAGGUUGGCAGGGCGAAGGCAGAGGCACGGCUGGCACUGCUGCGUACAGCAGGGCUGGAUGUGGAUUCUUGGCUGGCCGGGGCAGUGCGGGCAGGUGGGGAGCUCCCACGCACCCCCAGCACAGAGGCACCCACAGGGCUGGACCCCACUGAGUUCGAUGACUAUGACAGCGAUGAGACAUUUGAGGAGGCUGAGCCUGGGCAUGCUGCUCGCACCUACCCCUACACUUGUCGGGUCAUCUUUGGGUACCAGGGCUGCCAUGCAGAUGAGCUAUCCAUCGCACAGGGAGAGGAGCUGGAAGUUAUCGAGGAUGGCGAUAUGGAGGAGUGGGUGAAGGCUCGGAACAAGGCAGGACAGGUCGGCUAUGUCCCUGAGAAGUACCUGCUGUGCCUGAGCUGUGUGGGCAGUGAGCCGGGCUCAGCUGCCAGCACUGGAACCACGGGACCUUCGGGGGCAGCCCUGCAGCGACAGCUCUCCAGCAUUAUGGCUGCGGAGCUGGUCCUGGAGCCUGGAGCUUGGCUGGUGCGAGCCCUGUACGACUAUGAGGGGCAGAGCCCCGAGGAGCUGAGUUUCCCUGAAGGAGCCAUCAUCCGCGUGCUGCCUCGUGCUGAGGAUGAGGUGGAUGAUGGCUUCUGGACUGGAGAUUUUGAUGGCAGAGUUGGUGUCUUCCCCUCGCUGGUAGUGGAGGAACUGACUGGGGCACGGGGCACGGCUGGGCAGGAACUUCCCUCACCAUCCCCACCACCUUUCUCCCCUCCUGGCCUUGCACUCAGUGCCAGUCUGGGUUCCGGCCCUGAACCACUGCUGGAAGGUGAGUGCCAGGGGGGUGGCCUUGGGGGCACUAAGAGCCUGUCUGAGCCUUCUGUGGAUCUAGCCUGCAGGCAGGAGGGCACAAGCAGCGGGCAGAACUCUCCAGACCUGGCAGCCAACCGCAUCCGUCCCCUCCGCGCACCACCCCCACCUCCUGGCCGAGCCCCCGACCUGGAGCAGGACCUCAGCUGACCCUGGGUUGCCCAGGCUGCAAAAUCUUUGCCCAUCCGCACAUGCCCCUCACCCCUGGGCUAUCUAUUCCCAGUGGUGCAGAGGGGAGCAGGACGCAUGGCACAACCUGCUACUCCUUGAGCUGGUCUCCUUGGGGGCCACAUCCUGCCCAGCACUGCUCGUGGGGCACUGCUGCACAGUGUGGGGCAGCCACAUCCCUGCCUCUGCCUCUCAUCUGUAGCAUCACUUCCCUGGGGCCUCUGCUCCUCCCCAUGCUGUGGCUGCACCGUGUCCAGCAUGGGCACAGAGUGGCCAUGCCCCUAUUAAAACCAGUUCACCCCA